AAACUUAAGGCUACUGUAACUCUUGACGAAGAGCCUGAUGGUUACCGCUGGGUGCUCUGCGCAGUGGACGAGUACUUUAAGAAGGGGAAUAAUGAGCAUACAAGAAGAGAGCUUAAUAUGGAGACGCGGAUGUUGAAAGUGCUGGAAUUCCGUAAGCGAAGAACUUGGCGAAGGAGUCCGGAGCUCAUUGGUAGUCUACUAGGCCGUGAAGUACAUUUUGCGGCUACAAAAAGCGCAAAAAAAGAUGACUCACCUACUGUGAUCCGCCAAGUCAGUGCGGUCGCUGCAGACAACUUGAACUCCACCCAAUACGGCGCUUACUUUAAGGUAGAAGUCGAAGUAGAGUAUAUUGGAUGUACAGAUGAACACGGAAAUACUAUAGUUUGGAGCGACCAGCUAGAAUUCAUGGUCGACGCUCACGCACUAUUUAAAGGACUA